CAUCUCUUAUCGUCUUGACAGACGCCUACUGGAGCUCCGUUACCACUCAUUCGAUCUGUCUGUCACCGUGAUUUGCCGUGGUGAUCGCGCAGCAGCACGUCGUCUGUCGAUGCCGUCAAUCAGCAUCGCAUAGCCUCAGCUGGAGUGGAUAACCUUCUUUCCGUAGCGCGAUUCCUGUGCACCAAAAGAGUGCUUCUUAAAAAGGAGCUACACUAUGAGAUGAAGCGAACGGACUGCUGUACUAUAACAAGUCUUGUUUUGAAUUGUCCGGUUUAAAAAGAUCGGUUCGUCUGCUAAUAGCGUCCUUGUCAAGGGGACAGUGCAAGAUCCGCUUAUCUCGAGAUGCAAAGAGAACAUUGGUGGUUCUGGUGAACUUAAUAGUCGCUAGCGUAGAUCGGUUCAGACAAAGAAAAAGUUGAGGUUAUCUGUAAAUACGCGCUGCCAUUCGUGUAGCUGAUUUGCCAUUCGUGUAGCUGAUUGAGUCUGUCUAAUUUCAUUCAUGUGACCAAGAUGCCUCUCUGCGUUCUUAGGACAAAUUUAAGGCAUUCCGCUUUUGGUGAAGAUUUUCACCGGUUAUUCUCAAAAUGCGUGGCUGACGCCCUUAACAAACCCCAUGAGAAGGUCACUGUCGUUCUGGAAAAUGAGGCGAAUAUGUCCCGAGGGGGCAGUAAGGAAUCUACCGUUUGGCUGACAAUUGAGUCAGUAGGCGUGUUUUCUGCAGAAAAGAAUAAACAAAUAAGCCAAACACUUCGAGCGCAUCUCAGAAACUUGAUUUUGGUACCUGAAAACCGAGUUGUGAUCACUCUUCGUGAUUUACCAAAAGACGAGCUGGUCUAAGGAGUCUGGAAACGUACCUAAAUUUUAUUACGCGAACGGCUGUUUACUUUGUCGUCAGGGUUCAAUCAGUCAAUUAAAAAAUUCAAACAAAUAGAAAAUUUUCAUUUAAACGAUUUUACACUAUGUGUACUAUGUUCGAUCUAUAGAUUGUCACCCACAACUAUUAUCUACGCUAUCUUGCAUUGUAGUUAUCUCCUAGUCUAGUUACCUAAAAAGUGCAUCUAUUUAAGGUCUAACACAUGCAUGCCAUAUGAGUAAACCAAAAAUAAGUGAUGACAGAAAACUAUCUUGUUCGGUUGGGUUCGACAUACAAAUAAAUACAAAUAAAAUCGUUUCAAGAGCCACCAGUCUCAUAGAAAAAGGUUUCUGUAGUGACCCACAUGCUAAAAGACCUAUCUGAAAGAAAAAGAUACGUGUCAAAUUGAAGUGACAACAAAUCGUACUUUUGUUACAGAAUAAUGCUUCAAGAAAAAUGUUUGAAGAUCAGAUUCUGCGAGCUUUGUCAUAUCGAGUAAGAAAAUAAACCGAACUGCGGCCGAAAAACAUUU